AUGCUCGUCUCGCUCACUGUCGGCAAGGUCGACGCCGGCGUCACAAUCGAAUUCCCCUCGAUCCUGCUCCCUCCCGAUAUCGCAUCGGGCUCCAUCGUCGACAUCAAUGUCACGCGCAACAAGAAUUCCGAGACGGUAGCGGAGCGCUCGUUUAGGGAGCUCCAGGACUCGAUCCUCUCCUGCUUCGGUGCGGCCGAGCCAUCGGCGCCAGUCCUGCGGUGCCGCAACGCAACUCAAACGAGCGUCGUGCUCGAAUGGGACCCGAUCCAGCUGGCGACGGCCGAUCUGAUCAGCCUGGCACUGUACCGCAACGGCCAGAAGGCGGGCAACAUCCCCAAGCCGCUCGCGAUGCACACCACCAAAAUCAGCGGCUUGGCCGUUGAUACCGAAUACACGUUCCACUUGGUACUGCGCACGACGGCGGGCACGACGGCAAGCCAGCGCGUGACGGUGCGCACCCACAAGAUGACGGAUCUGAGCGGCAUCACCAUCACGACGGGCAUACUCCCGGCCGCCGUGCGCGAGGGGCUGGGCGCGGCCGUCGAGCGCAUCGGCGCCAAAAUCGUCGACGGUGUGCGCAUCGACACAACCCACUUCGUCACGACCGAGGGCCGCGGCCUGCAGUGGGAGAAGGCAAACGAGCUCAACAUCCCCAUCGUCCGGCCCGAGUGGGUUGAGGCGUGCGAGCGCAACGGCCGCAUCCUCGGCGUUACAAAGUUCUACCUAGACGCGGUCCGCGCCGGCCCGCCGUUUGAGGACCGUCCUGGCACCGCGGGAACCGUCGGAACCACGACGACGACGGGGACUACGACGACUGUUGCCCCUCCAGCCACCGCCCCGUCGCCUCCCCAGAAGGACGACCAAACGCCGCAGAAUGCGCCCAGCCCGAAUAGCAACCAGGCGCCAGAACCCAGCUCCGAAAACGGGGCAGGGCAGAAAGAGGAGGGAGGCACCGAGUCAGACUCGUCGAGUGACGAUGGAGAGGAAAUCCAGGAGGAGCAAAAAGCCAGGUCAGGUGGGCAAGACGAGCAGAAAAUGCUGGCGGACGAGCGGGACGAGAAACGGCUGGUGGAGAGGCCGAAACCGACGGUUGAGGACGAGGCGGAUGAUGAUACAGAAGAAGAGAAGGCGGCUGGCCAGGAUGAAAAGGAUGGGAAACCCGGUGGUGAUGGGGCUUCCUUCCAGGAUGUUGCGCUGUAA